AUGUCGGAGAAAAAAAGAACACGAAUAACCAUUAAUACUCCCAAAAAAUCCAAAAGACAGCGAAUAACGGCAGAAUCCGCAAAAGACUCGACGGACAAAUCUGAUACGAAUUCUUCUGCUGCUGCUUCUGAUACUAUGAAUGUGAAUACAACUACAAUUCAUGUUCCAAAAUGGAAAAAAUUUCUAAGCAUCAAAGACAAUAAUAGCAACAAUAGUAACAACUCAAGUAGGUUAUCUAGAAAUGGGGAUAAUGAUGAUUUUACUGAGGUACCGGAUAUCGAAUCGGAGAUAGAUAGUUCUUUGUCCCACGAGAAUAUCGUUAAGGAGAAAUCAUUAACAAAGAACAAGAAGAAAAAGACGGAUUCUGAAACAGUCGGUGAUAAUGGAAACAAUCUUCGUGAUGAUGAUAUUUUGAAGGAAAAGAAGAGACAAAAAAGGAAUCACAAAGAUGAUAAUUCUACCAAAAAAAGCGACACAUUAUCCGCGGAUCUGAUAACACCCGAACUGAAGAUUCCGGAAAAUGCGAGUGAUUCGUCAAACGCAGCGCUUCAAUAUUUGGCCACCUGGUAUCUGCACCGUCAAUCUUUAUGGAAAUUUCAGAAAGUACGGCAAGUUUGGCUACUUCAACACGUGUACGAUGUAGAUAAUGUUCCCAACGAAUUUUUUAAAAUUUUUCUCGAGUAUAUUAAUGAUUUGACUGGAAAAGCGCGUGAAAAAACGAUGAAAGAAGCGCAAGAAAUUCUAGACCAAUUCGAGAAAAAGUCGAUAGAAUCAUCUUCAUCUCCUGAUGAUGUUGUUGUUGAUACUGAUGAAAAACAGAACAACUCUAACAAUAAUAGUGACACCACGACGACGAAGAAUAAUCUAAAAGAUAAGGUACGUGAAAAAAUUAAAGAAAAACGUGCAAUGGAUAUUUUAAGAGUUUUAUCUUGA